UGCGGUGUUGGUAUUUAGAGCGCAGCGGCGGAGGAGCCGGGUCGCCUUCGCCUUCCGCGCCGCUCGCCUCCGCGCCCGCCUCGCCGCCGCUCCCGGCCCGCCGCCGCCGCCGCCGCCCAGCUCGCCCCCGCCCCUCCCGCAGGCAUGUCCGAGGCCAAGAACCCCGAGUACGCUUCGUUCUUCGGCGUCAUGGGCGCCUCGUGCGCCAUGAUCUUCAGCGCCCUGGGUGCUGCCUAUGGCACAGCCAAGAGCGGCACCGGCAUCGCCGCCAUGUCUGUCAUGCGGCCGGAGCUGAUCAUGAAGUCCAUCAUCCCCGUGGUCAUGGCUGGCAUCAUCGCCAUCUACGGCCUGGUGGUGGCGGUCCUCAUUGCCAACUCCCUGAAUGAUGGCAUCACCCUGUACAGGAGUUUCCUCCAGCUGGGUGCGGGCCUGAGCGUGGGUCUGAGCGGCCUGGCGGCCGGCUUCGCCAUCGGCAUCGUGGGGGACGCGGGCGUGAGGGGCACUGCCCAGCAGCCCCGGCUGUUCGUGGGCAUGAUCCUGAUCCUCAUCUUCGCGGAGGUGCUGGGCCUCUACGGUCUCAUCGUGGCCCUCAUCCUCUCCACAAAGUAGCCGCGCGGAGCCACUGGCCACCGAGUCCGAUGUAAAGACCACCCCUCCUCAUUCCAGAACGAACAGCCUGACAUGCACGGGCCGCCGCCCCUCCGUAGUUGGUCUUGUAAAUGCGCAGUGUCCUAGUGCCCAUCGUCCGUCGCCCCGCCUGGCCCCCGCCGCCCCGUGCUGUGGACAUCUGGGCCCACUCCUCCCACCCAGGUCCCUCCGCGCCACCUAGAGUGCUGUGUAUAAAGUGUUAGGGUUGUCAUUCUUCACUGGAUGUUAUUUAUGAAGACCCGCCCGCCCCGUCCCCGCCCGCCCGCCGGCGCGGCGCCCGCUCCGCAGCCCCCUUAGUACCGUGUCCCGUGGUUCCCGCGCCCCGGACUGCUUGGGCGGAGCCGGCGGGGCCGCGUCCCGUCCCGGCCGCCGGCCCGCGCCACGCUGUGUCCAAUAAAGUUCUCGGAUGUGA